AUGAUGUCUGAACUAGACUCUGCUGUCGCCGCUUUGGGUUCAGAGCCUCAUGAGAUAGCUCAUCCGACCGUCGAUGAGACUGACAGCAAAUCACAUUCCAGCGACUCAAGUGAUGACCAACCCUCCGACUCCAACAGCAACCCACAGUAUGCGAAUGAUCAACUGCAGUCUCACUUGAUGCAACAACUUUUGACAAUGGCGAAUCAUCCGCACCCCGAAGCCGUGGACGACCCUAAAUCACUCCGCGAAUUGAUUAAAGAGUACGAAUCGGAAGUCAACGUCAAAGAUGACAUGGGUAUGACUCCUCUUCACGUUGCGGCUGAGAAGGGCCUCGUCGGUGCCGUUGAAGAGCUUAUCAGGGCUGGCGCCGACCUUGAAACUCAAGAUCACAAAGGCUUCACACCUUUGAUGACGGCCACUCGGGAGCAGCAGGUGGAAGUCAUGAGAAAGCUUCUCAAGCCUCCAUCAGAGUACAGCGGCGAUGUGAUGGUUCAACUAGAGAAACGUAGCCUAACGGGACGGACUCCUAUCUUAUGGGCAAGCAUAUACGGAUUCUUAGAUGGCGUGGUCCUUUUGAUCGAUGCCGGAGCAGACUGCGAUGCUCAGACUGUGCAGUCAUUGGCAACACCUCUAAUAGCAGCUAGCUUCUGGGGUUCUGAAGAUAUAGUCAAGGCUCUUCUCAACACGGAUAACCCCAGAGGCCGUGCAGACCUCAACUUGUCGGAUGUGGACCGGCGUACUGCUUUACAUGCAGCGGUGACUGGAGAGCAUCUUGAAAUUGCCAAGUUGCUGCUCGAUGUGGAGGCUACAUUGACUACCCUGCAGGAUGCGUACGAUCAGACACCUUUGCACCUGGCAGUCGAUCAAGGCAGCGAGAGCUUAGUCAAGUUACUGGCAAGCGUAGAUGUCAAUGUCUUUGGUGCAUCUAGACAGACGGCAUUGCAUCUAGCAAGUAAAAAAGGCGACAAAAAGGUCGCUUCAUGGCUUCUGGAAGCAAAUGCAGACAUAGACGCAAAAGACGCGGAUGACAAUACACCGCUACAUGUUGCCUUUCUUACACUCCUCGAAGUUCAGGAAAAGCUGGCCUUGAAGUCUUCAUCGGCAUUUCUUGAUCUCUCAAUGGGAGAUGGGCCGAAUACAGAGCUUCGGCUACAACCUGAUCGGCUCAUAGCCACGAUACAGCUUCUGCUCGAAAAUGAUGCUCAAAUCGCAGUCUCCAACUGUAGGGAGGAAACGCCCUUGCGUCUUGCCGCAGCAUGUGGUCAGCACUCUAUUUUUGAAAUGAUUUUGAAAAAGAUGGAGCAGAGAGACAAGUCCAUCAGCAACAACGAUAUCCAGGCAGUACUCUCUUCCGCUCUUCGUCUUGGAGUACAAAGGCGGGCUGCUGUGAUGGCAACCUUGCUUGAAUCGGACUUGGUGGAAGUUGCCGACUUCGACCAAGAAGACGCUUGGAAAGAUACCCUCAAGUGGGCUGCUAGUGACCCCGAGCUACACCACAUUGCGCAACUGCUCAUGCGCAAAAUGCCGAGAAAGCAAGGAGUUCUACCGCCAUGUUCAAAGGCUUGGAGCGCAAUCGGAUGGGCAGCCCACGAGCAGCUUCCCGAGGUUCUGUUCGCGCUCAUUUCCACAUGUCCUGAAACUCCUGACACUGAGACGGCACUCAGUUCAACCCUAGAGUCAACCCUGGAGCUGGUCAAGAGAGCAGACGGGCUCCAGAAGAAUUUGGAUAAAGCCUUGGGCGAAGUGAGGAAAUUGCAAGAGGAGCCGCAAAGCGUAACACCUACAAGUGCCCAGAAGUCACGAGGGGAGGACUACGAGGAUAUCUCCAGAGCCAAGACAGGUGGUCUUCGGGUCCAAGAACGCGACGGUGGUCAGGGGAGGGGCAACAACGAGGAAGUGGCGGACACCAAGAAGCUGGUGCCGGGAUCACAUCAGAUACCCUUCGAGUCAAAGAACUUGAAGACGCUCAAAGACAUACUCCGCGAUCCCCCCUUUGCACGAGUCCAUAGAGAGCCCAUGGCAUACGACAUACCACGAUCCAGGAUCGAAAAGUCCCGCGACGACGUCUUGGAAAAGUUCAAGGCUACCAUCGUACAAUUUUAUGGAGCCAAGGGCGUAUCUGGGACAAUUCAAGCCAAGAGACCCAUUCGCGAGGUUAUUUACGAUGUCGGCCCUAAAGAGAUGAUGCAAACCUGGACAGCCAUGCAAACAGCCGUCGCCAAACUAAGUGAAGAGGUUGAUGAGGUUGACCCUGAUCUUUUUACCCGAAUCAUGAAGGACGAGAAAUGUGGUCCUCGUCAGUAUUACGAGGCCAAGUCUUUUUUUCAGGACAGCUGGCUUGAGGUCCCAGAUGAAAAGUCUGACUCGAGAAUCGUGAGACCGAAAGCCGUAUUAAGACAAUCUGACAAGGCGGAAGACCGUAAUCAAGAACAAUACGGAGAGAAAAACAAUCAAGUUACCAAGAAGGGCCGCUCUAGAAAGAGUAGUCCUGAUUUGGUGGCUACGUCAGCGAUCUACAUGCCCUACUUCUGCUUCUCUGUCAAUCUAGGUAAUAACCGAGAAGUGGAGAAAGACUAUAAGAGCUUGUUAGAAGCCUACGAGGCCCACUCGCCGCAGUCGGUCAUCCACAAGUCGCCGACUCUCGACGAGUGGUACUACCAUUUCGCAAAGAAUCAGAAGUCGGCCGAUGAUAGAGAUCAUCGUAAUCGGAAUCAGGUUGUCACCAAGUAUUGGAGAAGGGAAGAAACUAGAGAACAGACUGGGCAGAGCGAGGUGUCUUCCAUGGCUUCUGGCUUCACGGGUGAGUUGACGCUACUUCGUGUCAACCAGGUGUGGAUUUGGACCAUCGGCAACAAAUGGCUCCUGACAGCAACUUCUUGCUUGUUCAGUAAAUGCCACGGUACACUGGUGGAGGGAAUCCUUGACCAGCUCAGCAAGCAAGCAAAAUACGGAGGCCGCAAAUCCCAGCCAAGUUCAGCAGUGGAGAUGGCAAAACUGAUAGCCGAUUACUGCAUUGGUUCAUACGAGAGACGCCCCAACAGUGAAAUACAACCGCACAAACCUCCUAUCGAUACUGUUCCUUCUGGGAGUUCAAAGCCUGUGAUUGGACAACAACUGUCAAUCAGUCAAAUUUACUCAAAUCACAUGAACCAAAUUGGGAGGGCUGAAACAGCACUUUACAACUCAUUCAAAUACCGGGAACGGCUGCAGAACGAGCAGGACGGGCUCGAUUCAAGAGUUUCAAAACUGCUUCGAGAAUGGGAAGCCGCACGGAUCAGUAGCAAUAUGGAGGUUGCGAUCAACAAGGCGGAGAAACUAUACAGUGACAUCAAAGAUGUCCGCGACGAGUUGAACAUUCUCAAAUCAGUCGCGCAAUACCAGCAAAGUGUACAAAGGAAAUUGACCCCCAGCCAGGUAAAGAAUGCAGAUCUCACCGCGGCACAGGUGGUGAGCAAUAUAAUAGAGUUGGACGUUGUUGCGGACAGAAUACAGUUGGCGCAAAACUGGCUUGGGACCAAGCAAGGCUAG